AUGGAGUUCGAGACUCUAGUCCAGGGUGAUAUGUCGAUGUCUCAAUAUGAGGCCCGUUUCUUGGCUUUAUCUAGAUUUGCUCCUUUUCUCACCGAUGACGAGAAGAGGAGGGCCUGCCGUUUUUAUAAUGGCUUACGAUCCACUCUCCGCAGUCAAGUAGUGGGCCAUUGCUUGGAGACAUUUGAUCAGGUCAUCCAUCGAGCGUUGGUAUAUGAGGACUGGACUAUGACCCAGAGGACCCGAGAUCAGAGUUUCGGCAGACAAUGGAAGAGGAGGGCACCAGCCGACAGUUCCCGACAGCACCGUCAGCAAAGACAGGGCAUCGGAGGCAUGAUUGGCCUCUUCCCUUACAGCAGCAGAGGCCAUCGCAAUUACCUCCUCCCCAUCCUCCUUAGCAGUAGCAUCAUCAGCAGCGAGCGCAGCAUCAGGCUCCCGCUCUUAGGCCUCCUCCUCAGCAACAGAGGGAGCCAGGCAGGCCUCCACAGCAGCAACAGCAACAGUAAAGACAGUAGUAGCCGAGGGGACAUGCACCUCCCCAGUCUUUAG